CCGCGCUCCGCCCGCCUGGCGCGUUUGUCGCGCUCCGUCACCUUCAGCGCCUGCCACCGCCUGCACAGGUGAGCGGCCCCGCACAGUAAAGCCCUGAGUGAUGAGGAGAACCUGAAGCUGUUUGGGAAGUGCAACAAUCCAAAUGGCCACGGACACAACUACAAAGAUUGACCCAGUCUCGGGGAUGGUGAUGAACCUGACAGACCUGAAGGAAUACAUGCAGGAAGCAAUCAUGGAGCCACUGGACCACAAAAACCUGGACAAGGAUGUGCCCUACUUCUCCGAGGUGGUGAGCCAGCUCUGUUCCCCCUCAGCACCACGGAGAACGUUGCCGUGUUCAUCUGGGACAACCUCCAGAAGCUCCUGCCCCAGGGAAUCCUUUACAAAGUGGAAGUGCACGAGACCGAGCAGAACGUCGUCAUUUACAAGGGAGAAGAAACAAUUGUCAAGUGAAACCAGCCUCAGCUCAGCUGCUCAGGAGAAAUUCUCCAUAAUCAGCUCCGUGGAUUCCUGCAGCCCUGCUCAGAAUUUCCUGCAGCCAGCCCUGGGUUCUGGGUUCCAUCAGGACAAGUGCAGAUGUCUGACGUGGACCCCCAAACCCCUUCUGGGUUCUCAGAAUGGGUUGGUUUCUCUGCUUUUCCUCAAGACCUUCCUGUUUUGCCAGCUGCUGUGAAAUUUCGAAUUGUGCCGUGGUGAAUAAAGCAGCUCUGGGGAGAGGAGGCGGCCUGCCAAAAUCAGAAAAGUCUUUAAUUUCUCUCUGAUUAAAUAUUAAAUUAAUUUGUGGUAUUUGAUAAUGUGAGCUUUGGUGUUGCUUUGCUUCUUGAUCAAACAGAGAAGCAUUUUUGAGAGUCAGAACUACGUUAUCUUUUUCUCUUUAUUUCCUGUGCUGCAGGCACGUUUCUUCCUGUGGCCAGCAAAUCUUUCUCUGUGUGUGGAACUGGUGUAGUGGGCAACAAAAAAAAAAGCACUUCUGAUCUAAACUGGAGAGCCAAAGGGAGCAGGAUGUUGGUGAGAAUGGAAAACUGAGGAAACUGCAGUGGGAAUGUCACAGCCCCAGUGGUGGCAGAGCCCUGGGGAGGGAGUGCAAGAAUAAACCCUUAAAUCAACCCCAAAAUUCAGUGGAGGUUGUUGCAGCAGGAUGAGGCUGUGAGAGGAGUUUAGAUGGACACUGCCCCAAUUAUCCUGGAUAUUCCUGGAGUUGGGGGCACGCUGGGAAAGCUGAGGGAGGGCAGUGAGGGAAUGGUUAUUGCACAACUCCUGUGGUUAAAGGCCAUCAAGUCCCAGUGUCUGUCCAGAGGCAGCAGUGGCAGUGCUGUGUGUGAUUCCCUUUGUCACAUCAGCAAUGUCCUGAGGAGUCAUUAGGAAUGGCCAUCAAGAAUAACUUAAUGCAUAUAAUUAAAAACAACCCGAUAAGCAGGGCAGCAAUUCCCUUGCUUUACAAGGAAAUGGAGUAGCUGAAUAAUGGAGCAAACAUCCCCUUUGGGGAGGUUUAAUGAAGCUUGCCUAAUUCUACACCUUGCUCUGCUCCAGGAUGAGGUAAAGUGGGAUUUACACAGCCAAAAAAUACCUGGCCAGGUUUAAAACUGCUUUGGAAUGUCAGGUGGGGACUGCUUUACCUGAGGACAGUUCUGUGCUGUCCCCUGCCCUGGUUCAGCUUCACUCAACCUCCCUGGGAGAGCUCCAGAAAGGGAAUUGUGGGAAAGAUGAGGGAUAUUCCCUUUGGCAGAGCAAAACCUCUGCCCUGGGAGCUCCAGCUUUGGGGAAUUUUUCCCUUUUUGAAGGCGGUGCUUUGGGGGAUAUCUGGCUGCAGGUUCCUUGCAGUGUCAGCCGAGCCGAGAGCGCUCAGUGCCUCGGAUGCAAUGGACACUCAGCUGGCACAUUUGCCCCUUUCCCCUGCUUUUUUCUCUCCCCAGAUGUGGAACCUGUCAUUGUUGUUCACUGCUGAAGUGAUGCAGAGUCCUGCUGGUGCCGCUGGUUCACCGAGCAGCCGGCACCUGCAGUGAGGCACGGACACUCCAACACCUCGUGUGCUCUCUUUGUCAGAGCAGGAACCCAUUCAGCUGCUGGCAAAAAGCCGAGCAAACAAACGCUUACAUCUGUGCAGCACAGUCCUCUGCUUUGAUUGGCAUGGAGGCAGAGAAAGCAGCCCAGACUCCUGUGAGUUUCUGCAGUUCCACAGCCCUGCCAAAGCCCCACGGCAGCCUGAGCGUUUCUAUUUAUUGUUGGGUGCACCUUGGAGACUGAGCUGUGUCAGUUAUUCUGACCUCUGGGGUUUAAAUGACUGAAAUGGGGAUAAACUGGGUGGCUGGGCAGUGGUUUGGGUGAAAGGGGAUGGGAACACCAGGGCUGGAGCUGUAACUGGGAUUCCAGUGGGUGCUGUCCCUGCUCAGAGGGGCCUGGAGCUUUGCAGGGAAUUCUCUGUGGGAUUCCAAAUUCCCAGCUGAGGGAGGGAGGGUUUUACAGGGAGGGAAUGAACUCCCAGAAUUAAACAUUAAGCUCUGCCUGAGUUACUGAGUGAUGAAAUGCUUUGAAGGAGAGCUGUUCAGGUGACAGUGGGGGCCAGGACAGCCCUGAAAGGUCACAGCUGAUCCCAGCAGAGGCUGUAGGAACAGGACUUCCAGCUUCAGUGCAUGGAAAUGUGAAUGGCAGGGGGAUAAUGACAGGAAAUGGCAUUAAAAGUGCCCAAUCAUGCUUAGUGGGACUGAAAGACCUUCCUGUCACAUGCUGAAAUCAAAUCAGGUUUUGUGGAAGAGCUGGACACAAUAAAUAAUUUAUUUGAA